AGCGUGAUUCAUCAGUAGGAGCUGUAGCGGUGGAGGCUGCUUCUGGCCCCAGGCGGGAUGGGGGGGAGCUCCUGGAGCGCUCAGUAGAGGAGCGGGUGCGCGGACCCUUACAGCCACCGGAGAGGGAGACCGGGCUCAGUCGCACCCCGGUGUCUACAGCCAGUUCCUUUCCCUUUGGCCGCGGAGUGCCCACGAAGGUCAAGAUGGAAGAGAUCCUGAGAAAGCUGCAGAAGGAAGCGUCCGGGAACAAAUACAAAGCCAUCAAGGAGAGCAGCACCUUGGCCGUAGAAAUGCUGAGCGGUCCAGAUACCAUUGUCAAGAUUCCAUCUUACCAGCUGAGGGAGAAGUGCCUCCUUCCUCUCCAACUUGCUUUGGAAUCCAAGAACAUGAAAUUGGCCCAGUAUGCUCUAGCAGGGAUGCAGAAGCUGCUGUCGGAUGAGAGAUUUGUCUCCAUGGAAACAGACUCCGAUGAGAAGCAGUUGCUUAAUCAGAUCCUGAAUGCUGUCAGAGUGACUCCUUCCCUCAAUGAGGACCUGCAGGUAGAAGUGAUGAAGGUUUUACUUUGCAUAACCUAUUCAUCCACCUUUGACAUGAAUGGAAGUGCAGUGCUGAAGAUUGCAGAGGUGUGCAUUGAGACAUACGUAUCUAGCUGUCACCAACGUAGUAUUAAUACUGCUGUGCGGGCAACUCUCAGUCAAAUGUUGAGUGAUUUGACUUUGCAAUUACGGCAAAGGCAGGAGAACACGAUUAUUGAAAAUCCAGAUAUCCCUCCAGAUUUGAGGAAACAAGGUUCAACUUUAGAAACCCUCUGUGAUGCUUCCGUCCUUCUGCUCCUCUCCGUUCUGUGUGAGAAGCUACAAGCUGCGAUAAAUGAAAAUCAACAGCUGCAACUUCUUUACCUGGAGUGCAUUCUGUCCAUGCUCAACAGUUGCUCUACAACCAUGCACGACCACAAAGGUUUCACUGACCUCAUUUGGAAGCACCUGUGUCCAGCUCUUGUAGUGAUCCUGGGAAAUCCUAUUCAUGAUAAAACCAUAACCUCUGCUCACAGCAACAACAUCAGCGUUGAAUCUGAUUCCUCUUCCUCCGGGGUUUCUGAUCAUGGCCGAGGAUCUGGGUGUUCUUCCACGGCACCAGCUCUCAGUGGGCCUGUGGCCCGCACCAUUUACUACAUUGCAGCUGAGCUCAUCCGCUUGGUGGGGUCAGUGGAAUCCAUGAAGCCCGUGCUGCAGUCCCUUUAUCAUCGGGUGUUGCUCUAUCCGCCACCCCAGCAUCGAGUGGAAGCCAUCAAAAUCAUGAAAGAGAUACUCGGUAGCCCCCAGAGGCUCUGUGAUCUGGCAGGGCCCAGCUCCACUGAACCUGAAUCCAGGAAAAGAUCAGUUUCAAAAAGAAAGUCACAUCUAGAUCUUCUCAGACUCAUUAUGGAUGGAAUGACAGAAGCUUGUAUAAAAGGUGGCAUCGAAGCCUGCUUUGCCUCGGUAUCCUGUGUCUGCACCCUACUUGGAGCAUUAGACGAACUUAGCCAGGGCAAAGGUUUGAGUGAGGAACAGGUGCAGCUCCUUCUCCGGCGCAUCGAUGAGUUGAAAGACGGGGCUGAAUCGAGCCGUGAAUCCAUGGAGAUCAAUGAAGCUGACUUUCGGUGGCAAAGGCGAGUCCUGUCCUCAGAACACACCCCAUGGGAAUCAGGGAACGAGAAGAGCCCUGACAUUAGUAUUAGUGUUACCACGGAUACAGGUCAGACCACUUUGGAGGGUGAAAUGGGGCAGACCACGCCUGAGGAGAACCCCGAAAACCCAAAGAGUUGUUUAAAGUCGCCAGCCGUACAAGAGAGUAAGGAAAUUCUAAGGAAAGAGCGAGAAUCAGAAGCGAUAGACCAACCAGAUGUUGUUCAGAGAAGCCACACUGUUGUUUACCCUGACAUAACUAAUUUCCUGUCCGUUGAUUGCAGGACGAGGUCAUACGGAUCCAGAUAUAGUGAGAGUAAUUUCAGUGUAGAUGACCAAGACCUUUCUAGGACUGAAUUUGAUUCCUGUGAUCAGUACUCCAUGGCAGCAGAAAAAGACUCUGGGAGGUCUGAUGUCUCAGACAUUGGGUCUGAUAAUUGUUCUCUAGCUGAUGAAGAGCAGACUCCGAGGGACUGCCUGGGCCACAGAUCUUUGAGGACAGCUGCCCUCUCCUUAAAACUGCUGAAGAGCCAGGAGGCAGAGCAACAUAGCGCCAGGUUGUUCGUGCAAACCUUGGAGAACCUCCUUCCUCGGCUCCUUGCCCUCCCCACUGUGGAAGAGGUGGACUCUGCCCUCCAGAACUUCUCCUCAACCUUCUGUUCAGGUAUGAUUCACUCUCCUGGAUUUGACAGCACCAACAGCCUCAGCUUUCAAAUCCUAAUGAAUGCGGACAGUCUCUACAUGGUCUCACACUACACUCUCCUGCUCAAUCUGAAGCUGUCCAAUGGUGAUUACUACAGAAAGAAGCCAACACUUGCACCUGUCAUGUUGAAAGAGUUUAUGAAGCAGGUCCAAACCAGUGGGGUGCUGAUGGUUUUCUCUCAAGCUUGGAUUGAAGAACUUUACCAUCAAGUGCUUGAUAGGAACAUGCUUGGUGAAGCAGGAUAUUGGGGAAGUCCCGAAGAGCACAGCCUUCCCCUCAUCACCAUGCUAACUGAUAUUGAUGGCUUGGAGAGCAGUGCCAUAGGUGGCCAACUGAUGGCAUCAGCUUCUACAGAGUCUCCUCUCACCCAGAACCAGAGAACAGAUGAUUCCAUAGUGGCAGGGGUUGCUUUUGCCCGUUACAUUCUGAUUGGCUGCUGGAAGAACUUGAUUGAUACUUUGUCUACACCCUUGACUGGUCGCAUGGCCGGAAGCUCCAAGGGACUGGCAUUCAUUCUGGGUGCUGAAGGAGUCAAAGAACAGAACCAGAAAGAACGAGAUUCCAUCUGCAUGAGUCUUGAUGGGCUGAGGAAAGCAGCUCGACUGAGUUGUGCUUUAGGAGUUGCUGCUAAUUGUGCAUCAGCACUCGCUCAGAUGGCUGCCGCUUCUUGUGUACAGGAAGAGAAAGAAGAGAGGGAAGUUCAAGAACCCAGUGAUGCUAUAACCCAAGUGAAACAAAAAGUGGAACAGAAACUGGAGCAGAUUGGGAAGGUUCAGGGAGUAUGGCUGCAUACGGCACAUGUUUUAUGUAUGGAUGCCAUCCUCAAUGUAGGCCUGGAAAUGGGAAGCCACAAUCAGGACUGUUGGCCACAUGUGUUCAGAGUAUGUGAAUAUGUCGCAACAUUGGAGCACAACCAUUUCAGCGAUGGCACAACUCAGCCUGCUCUGCCUAUCAGCCAGCCCCAGAAGGUCUCUGGAGGGACAGGGGUCCUGGCAGAUUACGAGUCAGAAUGUUUGCCCCAGGAAUCACACCUCGAGCAGGACACCUCCCUGCGCAGCACACCCAUCAUUCAGCAGCUGUCCAUUCAGGAGCUCAUUAAGGAGGGAAGGAAGGGCCGAGCUUUUGACUUCCGUAGUGGCAGCCUACUGAGUGGGAGCAGUGCAGCCAAGGCUGUCCUCACCCUUUCCACCCAAGCUGACAGGCUCUUCGAAGAUGCUGCUGACAAGCUGAAUUUAAUGGCAUUGGCAGGUUUCCUUUACCAGUUAAAAAAAGCUUCUCAAUCCCAGCUUUUCCACUCUGUUACAGACACCGUUGAUUACUCUUUAGCAAUGCCAGGAGAAGUUAAAUCCACCCAGGAUAGGAGAAGUGCUCUCCACCUGUUCCGUCUCGGGGAUUCAAUGCUCAGGAUAGUCCGGAGUAAAUCUCGGCCACUACUCCAUUUCAUGCGCUGUUGGAGCCUUGUGGCUCCUCAUCUGGUAGAGGCUGCUUGCCAUAAGGAAAGGCAUGUUUCUCAGAAAGCAGUCUCCUUCAUUCAUGACAUCCUUACAGAGGUUCUGACAGAUUGGAGUGAGCCCCCUCAUUUUCAUUUCAACGAAGCACUGUUCCGUCCCUUUGAACGCAUCAUGCAGCUGGAAUUGUGCGAUGAGGAUGUCCAGGACCAGGUAGUCACAUCAAUAGGAGAGUUGGUUGAAGUAUGUUCUACUCAGAUCCAGUCAGGAUGGAGGCCCUUAUUCAGUGCCCUGGAAACGGUGCAUAGCAGUAAUAAAUCAGAAAUGAAGGAAUAUCUUAUAGGAGACUACUCCAUGGGAAAGGGCCAAGCCCCUGUGUUUGAUGUCUUUGAAGCAUUUCUGAACACAGACAACAUCCAGGUGUUUGCCAAUGCAGCCACCAGUUAUAUUAUGUGCCUUAUGAAGUUUGUCAAAGGAUUGGGAGAAGUGGAAUGUAAAGAGAUCGGAGAUUGUGUGCUAGGGUCAUCAACAUCAACAGACUUGUGCCUUCCCGCUCUUGAUUACCUCAGGAAGUGUUCUCAGUUGCUUGCCAAAAUCUACAAGAUGCCCUUGAAACCAAUUUUUCUUGGUGGAAGGCUUGCCAGCUUGCCUCGUAGAGUUCAAGAGAAUUCAGCUAGUAGUGAGGAUGGGAUUGAAUCAAUACUUUCUGAUUUUGAUGAUGAUACUGGUCUUAUAGAAGUUUGGAUAAUCCUUCUAGAACAGCUGACGGCUGCUGUAUCCAAUUGUCCUCGACAGCACCAACCUCCUACUCUGGAUUUACUGUUUGAGCUCUUGAGAGAUGUUACCAAAGUACCUGGACCAGGGUUUGGAAUAUAUGCAGUUGUACAUCUCCUCCUUCCUGUGAUGUCCCUGUGGCUCCGCCGUAGCCAUAAAGACCAUGCUUACUGGGAUGCUGCCUCAGCUAAUUUCAAGCAUGCCAUUGGUUUGUCCUGUGAACUGGUGGUGGAACAUAUCCAGAGCUUUAUACAUUCAGACAUUAGGUAUGAAAAUAUGAUCAACACAAUGCUAAAAGAUCUCUUUGAGCUAUUGGUAGCAUGUGUGGCCAAGCCAACAGAAACUAUCUCCAGAGUUGGCUGCUCUUGCAUUCGGUAUGUCCUUGUAACAGCAGGGCCUGUUUUCACUGAAGAAAUGUGGAGGCUGGCGUGCUGUGCACUACAGGAUGCAUUCUCUGCCACACUAAAACCAGUGAAGGACCUAUUAGGCUGUUUCCACAGUGGCAAUGAAAGUUUCAGUAGUGAUGGCUGCCAGGUGAGAGUGGCAGCCCCCUCUACUUCCCCUAGUGCUGAGGCAGAGUACUGGCGGAUCCGAGCCAUGGCACAACAAGUGUUCAUGUUAGACACUCAGUGCUCACCAAAGACUCCAAACAACUUUGAUCAUGCCCAAUCCUGUCAGCUGAUCAUUGAGCUGCCUCCUGAUGAGAAGCCAAAUGGGCACACCAAGAAAAGUGUCUCUUUCAGGGAAAUUGUGGUGAGUUUACUGUCUCAUCAAGUGCUGCUCCAGAACUUAUAUGACAUCUUGUUAGAAGAGUUUGUCAAAGGCCCCUCCCAAGGAGAAGAGAAGACAGUCCAAGUGCCAGAAAACAAAUUGGCUGGUUUCCUCAGGUAUAUCUCCAUGCAGAACUUGGCCGUCAUCUUUGAUUUGCUGUUGGACUCCUACAGGACAGCCAGAGAGUUUGACACCAGCCCAGGGUUGAAAUGCCUGCUGAAGAAAGUGUCUGGCAUUGGAGGGGCAGCCAACCUAUACCGCCAGUCUGCAAUGAGUUUUAACAUCUAUUUCCAUGCCCUAGUCUGUGCUGUCUUGACCAACCAGGAGAAUAUCACUGCGGAGCAGGUGAAGAAAGUCCUUUUUGAAGAUGAUGAAAGAAGUACAGAUUCUUCCCAGCAGUGUUCAUCAGAGGAUGAAGAUAUUUUUGAGGAAACAGCCCAAGUCAGCCCCCCACGGGGCAAGGAGAAGAGACAGUGGCGGGCUAGAAUACCCUCUCUGAGUGUCCAGCCAAUCAGCAAUGCAGACUGGGUGUGGUUAGUCAAAAGGCUUCAUAAGCUCUGCAUGGAACUGUGCAACAAUUACAUCCAGAUGCACUUGGAUCUGGAGAAUAAUGUGGAGGAACCUCCCACCUUCAAGAGUGAUCCUUUCUUCAUUCUCCCCUCCUUCCAAUCUGAGUCAUCCACUCCAUCCACAGGAGGGCUUUCAGGGAAGGAUACACCAUCUGAGGAUGACCGAAGUCAGUCAAGGGAUCAUAUGACCGAUGGCAUGCCCACAAAGGGAAACACUGGGGAUAUAUCAGAGCUACCCUCCAGCCCCAAAGGCGAAAGGAAAGAUCAAAGCAGGAAGAAAGAGUGGUGGGAGAGCGCAGGAAACAAGAUCUAUACCAUGGCCACUGACAAAACCAUUUCAAAGUUGAUGACUGAGUACAAGAAGAGGAAGCAGCAGCAACAUAGCCUAGUCCCAUUUGCCAAAGACAUCAAGGUGGAGAAGAAAGGAGAGCAGCUGGGCUCCAGGGGACCAGAUUCACCCCUCCUCCAGCGUCCACAGCAUCUGAUAGACCAGGGCCAAAUGAGGCAUUCCUUCAGCGCUGGCCCAGAGAUCCUGAGGCAAGAGAAGAGACCACGCUCUGGCUCAACAGUGAGCACCCUGAGUAUAUCUGUGAGAGACGCCGAGGCCCAGAUCCAGGCAUGGACCAACAUGGUGCUAACAGUUCUCAAUCAGAUUCAGAUCUUGCCAGACCAGACGUUUAUUGCCCUCCAGCCAGCAGUAUUCCCUUGUAUCAGCCAACUGACUUGUCAUGUGACUGAUAAUCGUGUUCGCCAGGCUGUAAGGGAAUGGCUGGGGAGAGUGGGCCGAGUCUAUGACAUCAUCAUAUAGAAGAAACACAUUUUAUCAGAUAGGAGAAGAAAGUAAUGAGGGUUAAAGGUAUGCCAACAAUCUGGUUGACAAUUGUGUCCCACCUCCCCUUUUAACAUUUAGGAGAAGGAGCCUGUACAUUUGGAGAUGGUAACCAAACAAGAAGUCUUUCAGGAUACCCAACCUUGAGCCAGCCAUGUGUCUGGUCCAGGCAAAUAAACCACGUGAGAUGCAUUGGUCUCACUUAUUGCUCUAGAACUGUCUGUAUCACUGAAGUACAUCUUUCUAUACGUUGAAAAUCAUUACCCAUUGUUUCAGCGUGUGAUUGUUUCCAGGAAGGUCAUAUUCAAGGGCUGUCCUUUUGAAAGCACUUUGUCGGCUCAGUGGAAUUAGAUACAAUGGGGGCAUUGCAACUGAUGCCGCCCCUUUAAAAAAAAAGCCUGCUACUAAGUCAGGCUAGUGUCAAAAGCUCAGAAAAUUAGUAGCAGGUGAUGUUAAUGGUAGGAAGUGCCAGACCUCCCUUGUCAAUUAGAUGGGGAUGGAAGCUGAUAUAAGGAUGUUGUUAAAUGAAAGAAAACUUUUGCCAAAAAUAUACCCAAAAGAUUAUCAGGAUGCUUAUUAAAAAAAAUUAAUCCUGUAAAUCAAGCUUUACAAGCACUUGUACCAGCUUAACCAAGUAGAGAAGUUCAAGCUUCUGUGUUUCCCUAUUUAUUUAGAGACCCUUUCCUGAAAGGGUUUGAGAUAAUGACAGCAAUCCUGGCUCUAGAUAUUCACAAUACCCAAUGAUUUAUUGGAGUAUUAUUUUUAUUGGAAGACUUAGGAGCUGUCAUAUGGUUAGGAAUAGUUUGGUUGACUUACUCUCAUAAAUGAUGUUUUGAGAACAUGCCAGGGAACAGUGUGAAUCAAUGGUGUCUCAGCUACUCCAGUUUUCCUUUGCAUACCCAGACCUGAGUACCAUAUGUGUCUGAAUAUAAGGUAAGGUGCUAGAAAAAAAAUUUAACACAUCCUACCUUACAUUCACAGGCAUGGUGCAUAGGUAAGGAAAACUUAAGAGUCCUUCUUUGAGGCUUUUAUUGCUGGGAUAAAUAGACUCUUGGUAGUUGUUUAAAACCCCUUAUAAAUGAUACCUCAGGGCAGAGACAGGUACAAAAACUGGGGUGUGUGAUUUAAUUACUUUUAAAUCUGUUUUUUAAAACUUUAUUAUGUUUCUUUAGUUCAAAACGCUUUAUUCUGGCUUUUUCUUUUCUGAGAAGAGCUCUAAGAGGCUCUAAUAUUGAACGCAAGUGGUUAAAAAGACAGACUGAGAAGAAGUUGAUAAGUAACACCAGCUUUGGCAUCAGACCUGGAAAAGCUAAGGGAUGAGGGGAUCAUUUUGCAUCAUAAAGAGCAAGGAAUGGAGCGUGUACUAGAGUUGAGUUCAUCUGUGAACUAGACAUUUCUCUUCUUUGGAAAGUAGAGGAAUUUUGUAUUCAAGGUUAUUGUAUACUUCAGCCAACCCAAUAAAUGGAACGAAGGUAGUUAAACCAUAAGUUAUACUGACCUUCAUCUAGAUGCAACAAGAGAAGAAAUUUAGGACAUAACUCAUAAUAAUUACAAUAUAUUGUAGAUUUCUCAAAACUCUAGCCAUUCUGCUAAUAAAUUAAUCUUAUUAAGUUCAUAAGAAAGUCUUUCAGAGACAAGAGAUAAUAAUAGGACAAAUGAUGAUUUUCACCCAUCUACCCCCAACUCUUUUUAUUCCAAACUGAGUGUCUUCUCAUUCCUCAAAAUAUAACCCAAACUAUUUGCCAAGGGGUACCAAGGAUUUCUUACUGGGUUUUAUCCAGUCUUGGCAGCUAAAAUGUUCCAUUUGGGAAAGCAAGUUAUUCUUUCUUUAAGAAGGGGCUUUAUGAUCUUACGUAUUAUCUGGAAGGGUGAGGACUAGUUAUAAGGCCCAAAUUUUAUGAGUGGAUUGUUGAAGGCAUUUUUCUCUCCAAUAGUUUAGGGGAAAAGAAAUAACAGAAUUAUAGACUAUUCCAUCUAGUGGCAUCCAUAGAGAAGAGGAGAAUGUGUUCCAGUUGUACAGUACUCAUUCCUUAUACUCAUUGUUUAACUUAUAUCAUCCCACCAGCCAAGAAUUAAUGAAUUUAGGAGAGCCUUUCCAACUCUGACAUUCUGUGAAGUUGACCACCAAGCCAGGUGGACUCUAACUCUGACUUCCCACUAGUUUUAUAUGCUAUGAAUUUCCUAUGAUUUGGAAGUGGACUUGGUGGCAUUAUAAGCACUUUUUAAAAGAAGACUGAGCUGUGUUUUGUUUCAUAGCUUAGCUUUCUCCUUGAAAAACUUCCUAGGGUUCUAUAGGUUGCAAAACUGUAUAUAAGAAAAUACAUCAUUGAGUUCUAUAUGGAAAGCAAAUUUGUUAUAUUGAAUUCUUUGUUAUAAUUGUAGAAGGAGAAAUCAUUUGUUUUUCUCAGCCUCCAGGUAGGAUAUGAAAACUGCUUCCUCAUACAAACAGAAUGCCUCUUAAGAAUACCAGCUGUAGCAGAGAUUCUCCUCAAAAAAUACCCCCAAACAAUUAACAUAGCAUCAUUGGUCCUAAAUUGAGGUCCUCAGCUAACAGAAAUUGAGAAACUAUUUCCAUUUCUGGAAGAGAGAGUAA